ACUCGCGAGAAGGGAUUAUCUUUACAAAAUACGGAAAGGAAUAAAAGCUCCUUGGUCAGGCUUUGACAGUACUCUGUAUCUUAUCCAUCAGUACUCACUUUUUUAAACGGCCACAUUGUUAACUUUAAUUCCGCCAUAAUCUUUCCGUUCAAGCGUGUAGUCAUUUUUCAUUUAAGUUGGUUAAUAAUUAACAGCCUUAAAUAUGCAAAACUACUCACAGGUGAUGAAUGACUUUGUACAGAAACAUGCGACCGGUCUCAUAGUUGCUUUCACUGCAGGGGCAGCUGUACUGGCCUUGCGUAGGUGGAUGGCUGGGGGUGUGUGUCGGAGCAAGGUCAGGCUGGAAGGGAAAACAGUCCUGAUCACUGGAGCCAACACUGGCAUUGGGAAGGAGACGGCCCUGGAUAUGGCCCAGCGGGGGGCCAGAGUGAUCCUAGCCUGCAGAGACAUGACCAGAGCCCGUAUUGCAGCUGACCAGAUCCGGCAGCAGAGUGGAAACGGCAACGUGGUGGUAAAGAAACUGGACCUCUCCUCGCUGCAGUCCGUCAGAGACCUGGCCAGAGAUGUCCAGGAGAAUGAGGAACGUUUGGACAUCCUCAUCAACAAUGCGGGUAUCAUGAUGUGUCCUAAGAGUACGACUGAGGAUGGCUUUGAAAUGCAGUUCGGUGUCAACCACCUGGGACAUUUUCUCCUCACCAACUGUCUUCUUGACCUGCUGAAGAAGUCAGCUCCAAGUCGCAUUGUCAUCGUCUCCAGCCUGGCCCACGAGAAGGGUCGUAUACACUUCGAUGACAUCAACCUUGAUAAAGACUACCGUCGUGAAAUGAGCUACCGCCAGAGCAAGCUGGCCAAUGUGCUCUUCUGCAGAGAACUGGCAGCAAGACUGCAAGGAACUGGUGUGACGGUGUACAGCCUUCACCCAGGGGUCAUCCGCACCGAAUUAGGCCGCCACUUGUACCCCACUUUAGCCCUGUGGCAGAAGGUCAUAAUAAAGCUAUUUACUAGUCUGGUCAAAAGUCCCUGGGAAGGAGCUCAGACCACCAUCUACUGCGCUGUGGACGAGAGCCUGGCCAACGUCAGUGGCCUUUACUACAGUGACUGCGCCCCCAAAACGCCGGCACCACAGGCUCUGGAUGAUGCUGCAGCAAAGAAGCUGUGGGACCUCAGUGCUUCCAUGGUUGGUCUGGCCUAAACACAGCAGCGUGUCCCAGUUUUAUCACCCAUUGCUUUUGCUAGAGUCGAUGUCCUUAAGGUGCAUAAAGCAUGGCAAUAUUUUUAUUAUCUAAGGCACAAGGGCAUUGCAUUAAUUAUUAAGGACGAUUUCACCUGUUCAAAUCUUGAAGACCUAAAAGAUGAAAUGCUGAGUGAAAAAUUUUGCACUAUUUAAUCAGAGAAUUCAGUCAGUUGAUUGAAUAUUAAAAUCAGGUGUAUUGCUUCAUCUUUAUAUUAUUCAUAUUCUGCAUUAUAAUUUGUGAUUUAUUGUAUAUCUAUGGUAUGCUGCUAUCAUGAGAAAAAAACAAGUAAUGCCUGCUUUUUAAUCUACUAUCCUGGUUGAUUUUUUUGCAUUUUAAUGAGCAGUUGCUUUCAUACAUUUAUCCUUUUUUUAUUUGGAAUAGUAAAUGGGCAAUGGCCUACAUUUUUUUUCCUCAUAUGAUUUGCACUGUAGAUACUAAGAGACUUUUAAGGCUUUAAAAGGCUGGCAUCUAGCAAUAAUUACCAACAUAAAGUAAAGUAAAGUAAAGUAAAAUGAUUGUAUAAUCAAUUCUUUAUCAACCUCACCUGCAGAAACACAGCCAAAAAACAUGUAACAUGUAAAGCAACACUACAUUUUCUUAAAGUUACAAGAAAAGGAAGACGAGAGCCUAUUUGUGUGCAGGCUGAAGACGUAGACCGUGUUGAAGUAGUGCUGAAGUGCUGAAGUGUUGAAGUGUUAGAGGAAGUGACCUCAAAUGCCGGCAAGUGGUGAGAGGAUUGUUGCACUUCAGAGGACAGAGGAUCCUCCACCAGGUGUGGAGAGGGAGUGGAAGCCUCGGGGGCAGAGAGCAGUUAGGAAGCAGCCAGUAAAUCCAGAAGACUUGUCAGCUUACUGAGCACCCUCAAGUGUGUGUGUGUGUGUCUGUGUGUCAGUGGAUGCCAUUUUGUGUUUUUUGGCGAGAAUUGAACCGUGUGCCUUUGCAAACUUACUCAAAAUGAACAAUACAGAAAUGUACAAUGGGACUCAUCAGCAAUGUAAUACUUCUGGCAAUAAACAUCUGAUUAAAAGGGA